AUUAAAUUUAAAACGUAAAAGUUUGCCAUUUACUGUGGUUUUUAUUGCUACCUAUACCCUAGGGGUAGACUAUCUGAUUAUACAAGUGCCCAUGCGAAUGCGAAUACGACAGGGAGUGCUGAUGCCAUUACGACUGUGACUACGUAGCCGAAAGAAUUUUGGCUCUGUUGGCCCCCCAUACUUUCCCGCAGCCGCGGAUGUAAAACAUAAAAAAUAAACAAAAUGGCAGCUCACGGAGAUGCCGAGGUGAAACCGACGCACGUGGGGAAGAAGAAAAUUGUUGCAAAACGAUACUGGGACGACAGCACAGAGAAAAAAGGAAGAGAAGGUAGAGAGAAAGAACAAAAAAAGGAGGAGCAUGAUGAACAAAAAAAUACCCUUGAGGGAGGAAUGCCGUAUGUGAAAAGGAAGAAGGGUGAAGAUGGUAGAAAGAAGGGUAUAUCUGGGAAAAUGGACCCUUUCCCUGGUCCUGCCCCUAUUUCAAAAGAGAAGUUGAAGAAGUUCAAAAGAGGGGGCAAUAAAAAGAUGUCCUCGGGAACCAGAGGUAGACUAAAAGACAGUCUGUCACGUGCAGAGGUUGCCUCUAAUCUUGCCCAGAACCAGGCAGCACGCUAUGACCUACUGCUGCCAGAGGAUGCUGGGUUUUUGGAAGGAGAUGAGGAUGAGGACACCUGCACUAUCAUGCAGGAAGACAUUGCUGAUGCUGUAGACAUCACUUCGGGGUCAAAGUAUUUCAACUUGUCUCUCUCCCAGUUUGGACCCUACAGAGUCGAUUAUACCAGGAAUGGCAGGCACCUUCUGCUGGGUGGCAGACGGGGUCAUGUGGUCUGCAUAGACUGGCAGUCCAAACAGCUGAAGUGUGAGAUGAACGUCAUGGAAACGGUUAAUGAUGUGAAGUGGCUGCACAGUGAAGCUAUGUAUGCAGUGGCUCAGAAGAAGUGGCUGUACAUCUAUGACUCAAGUGGGAUUGAGCUUCACUGCAUUCGGAAAUUCAACGAUGUCUUACGCCUGCAGUUCCUGCCCUACCAUUUCCUACUUGCCACAGCAAGUGCCACAGGGUUUCUGCAGUACCUGGACGUGUCUGUAGGGAAGGAAGUGGCUGCUAUCUGCACUAAAGCGGGGCGUCUGGAUGUGAUGGCUCUGAACCCCCAGAAUGCCACCGUCCACCUUGGCCACCCCACUGGCACAGUGACUCUUUGGUCACCAAAUCAAAAGGAGCCACUAGUGAAGAUGCUCUGUCAUAAAGGAGGUGUGCGGUCAAUUGCUGUGGAUAAGACUGGCACGUACAUGGUGACCUCAGGGCUCGACAGGAAGCUGAAGGUGUUUGACAUCCGAACUUUUCAACCUCUGAAAUCCUACUUUCUCCCUGCGGGGGCCUCCUGCCUCUCCCUGAGCCAGAGAGGACUGCUCUGUGCCUCCACUGGCAAUAUUGUUCAGGUCUACCAGGAUGUGUGCAACACACCAGUGAAAAAGCCCUACAUGACUCAUCGUGUGCGGGGCUCAGUGUACGGAGCCCAGUUCUGCCCCUUCGAGGAUGUCCUGGGUGUGGGGCAUGCAGAGGGCUUCACCAGCAUGAUUGUCCCAGGUGCCGGUGAACCCAAUUUUGAUGGCCUGGAUGCGAACCCCUACCGCAGUGUUAAACAGCGACAGGAGUGGGAGGUGAAGGCUCUGCUGGAGAAGGUCCAGCCUGAGCUCAUUGGGCUGGACCCCGGCCAGCUGGGUCUGGUGGAUCGAGCAAGCUGGGAGCAGCGGCACCAAGACAAAGUCCAGGCACUGGGAUUCGACCCUCUUGCUAAGGUGAAGUAUACACCAAAGUUUAAGACCAAAGGUCGGAGUUCUUCAGGAAAAGUUCAGAAGCGCAAGAAGCAAGUGGCCCAUGAAGAUCAAAGGGAUCAGAUCAGAGAAACAGUGGAGCGACUGCAGAAAGAGAAGCAGAAGAAGGAAGUCAGCAACACUGACCAAGGUCAAAGGUCUGCACUAGACCGAUUCAGGAAGUAGGACAGAGAGCCACUGUCCAGCUGCAGCUUGAGGCCCCAGUGGGGUUUAACUUUUUGUACAUUAUAAUAAAGAACGUAUUCAUAUUGCUCUCCCA